UUUUUUUCCUUCUCUCGUGCUGUCCUGUGGGUGAUUGAAUCACAUUCAGCGAUUACAGCAGCAUAAAAAAAGCGAUUUCAUUACAUUUUGUAGUAACUACUUCACAAGUCCAAGUGAGUGUUCGAGUUUCGGUUAAAGUUAGUGGAAAACGUUGGAAGAACCUGCCGGUUUUCGAUUCGAAACGAACGAGAAACCGUAGUUGAACGCGUUUGUGCCGUGCGUGCAAAAAAAUGUCUACGACCGCCGCCGCAGCCCCGUCGGAAACGGAGGAAACGACAGCCGUGACGACCUCGGUAGCAGAGUCUCCCAGCACAAAGAACGUGGAGCCCGACACGGGACGGGCAGAAGAGCUGAAGAAUCAAGCCAAUGAGUUUUUCAAGAACAAAGACUACGAUAAUGCGGUCAAAUUUUACACGGAAGCGAUCGAGUUGGAUGGAAACAACGCGGUAUACUAUGCGAACCGUAGCUUCGCCUACCUCCGGCAGGAGGCAUUCGGCUAUGCACUGAACGACGCCGUUCAGGCUAUCAAGUGUAAUCCGGCCUACCUGAAGGGUUACUACCGGCGAGCGGGGGCUCACAUGGCACUGGGAAAGUUCAAACUUGCCCUGCAGGAUUUGGAGUUUGUGGCCAAACGAUGCCCGAACGACAAGGACGCUCAGCUCAAGUACACCGAGUGCAACAAGGUCGUCAAGAAGAUGGCCUUCGAGCGGGCGAUUGCAGUGGACAAACAGGAAAAGAGUCUGCUCGAGAUGUGCCGGGAUCUGGAGUCGGCUACAAUUGAAGCAGAUUACGAGGGACCAAAGCUGGAAGAUGGUAAAGUUUCACUGGAAUUCAUGAAGCAUCUCAUGGAGUGGUACAAGAACGAGAAAAAGCUUCACAAAAAUUUUGCCUACAGAAUUCUGUGUGAAGUGGAGGCCCUGUUCAAAAAGCAACCCUCGCUGGUGGACAUUGUGGUACCGGACGAGUCGAAGUUUACGGUUUGCGGUGACAUCCACGGUCAGUACUAUGAUUUGCUCAAUAUUUUCGAAAUUAAUGGACUACCAUCCGAGUCAAAUCCGUACCUGUUCAACGGGGAUUUCGUCGAUCGGGGAUCGUUUUCGGUGGAAUGCAUUUUCACGUUGUUUGGCUUUAAACUACUGUUUCCGAAUCAUUUCUUCCUGUCGCGAGGAAACCACGAGAGUGUGAACAUGAAUCAAAUGUACGGUUUUACCGGAGAGGUGAUAGCAAAAUACUCGCAAACCAUGUCGGAGAUGUUUACGAUCGUGUACAACUGGUUGCCGCUGGCUCACUGCAUCAACGGUAAGGUGCUUGUGAUGCACGGCGGUCUGUUCAGUAAGGAUAACGUAUCGCUGGACGAUAUACGUGCCAUCGAUCGGAACCGGCAACCACCGGAGGAGGGACUGAUGUGUGAACUACUGUGGUCCGAUCCACAGCCCCAGCAUGGCAGGGCUCCGUCGAAGCGUGGCGUCGGCAUUCAAUUCGGACCGGAUGUAACGAGUCGGUUUUUGGAGUACAAUUCGCUGGACUACAUCAUCCGGAGUCACGAAGUCAAAGAUGAAGGCUACGAGGAGGCACACUGCGGUCGCUGUAUUACGGUGUUUUCGGCUCCGAACUACUGUGACGCUAUGGGCAACUUGGGGGCGUUUAUCAACCUCAAAGGCAACGAUCUGACGCCUCAGUUCAAGACCUAUGCUGCUGUCCCCCACCCGAAGGUGAAGCCGAUGGCCUACGCAAGCUCGCUGAGCAUGCUUGCGUAGCAACUUUGCUAAUCGCGGAGUUGCCUGCAACUGUCAGUGAGAGGCAUCAGUGCUGGAAAUUCUGUGGUGGAUGUUUCUGGCUCGCUGUGUCGGUUUAUUUUUUUCUUCUUCUGCUAUCCUAUAGGAGAGGUGUUUUUUUAUUUGUUUCCCGGAAAUUCUAUUCAUUGUAUUCUAAGAGCAGCGAUUCCCUCUUUAAAAUUGUAUUGCUGCAGAGCGUUUUAUUAGAUAGAAAACGAUGUACAAUGGCGCGCAAGAAAACUCUCGUUCCUUUUCCCCGUUUUAUCCACAAAAGUUUUUCUAGUGCUAAUUGUAGGUUGUGAGGUUUUCGAACUGAUUUAGUAGAAGCAAAAUAAAAAAAAAUGUAGAUACCUUAUUGAGAGUAAAAAAAACAAAACAAACAUGUUCAAAAAUUAUGAGCAUAGCCGAAACACUGAUCUUAGCUAUUAGUAAAUUUCUUUGUACAAUCACGCAAACACAAACAUAUACAUUCACACAUUCACACUUUCUAAAUGCUGUUAGAAAAGUCCAAAACAAAAAAAAUCACAGAGUGGAAAUGAAAUGAAUAUAAAUUAACUUUUAUACACAUUGGCGCCGCGUGCUGUUACUCGAUGAUGCUGUGGCGUUUUAGGAAAAAAAUGCAUUUUCAACCAAUCCAAACAAUUAUUAACACGAUCGGCGAACAAAUAAAAACGAUUUACGCUCCCUGUGUUUAUCAAACAUAGUUUGCGUUGAAAAACAAUUUGUUUCUAGGAAAUGAAAAUGGGAUUACAGUAUCUAUCAUCAUCCCUAGGUUCGGUCGGAUCUUGCACCGCUGGUCGCUGGUAACCUGAAUUGGAGAUCAAAACACACAGAAUGAGAAUUGUUCAAAUUAGGCAAGUGAGUGGAUCAAAUUGUAUUAAGUUUUAGAAGAAAAUAGGCAUAAUAAACGAAAACAAAUUCAUUCAA